GAGCCAGUCUGUCGCAUCCCCUAGUUUCUGUCGUCCCAAUCCACCUCGCCGAUGCCUCCCACUCCUGCGCCGCCCAAGAGGUCGCCGUCAAGAACAGACCACUGGUUGUCUCCGCGUGCGGGUUUGGCCCUAUCCCCGCGGGGCUCAGAUUCUUGUUCAACUGCAGGAUCUUCAUCAUUAUUGAGUCGGCGUUCUCGGCGUGGCCAGCGCGGCGCUGCACCGGUCCGGCCAAUGCUGGCGAAGCCUGCCCUAUAGGCAUGACAGGUAUAUGGUGCUCACGGUGGCUGAUGCAUUACAUGAGCACAACUGGAUUAAGAUUCAGUAUAGCAUCUGUAAUGACAUCAUCAGUGAUUUCCUCUUCGUUUAGAGAAGCUGCAGCACUCCCAAAUUCAGCUAUGCCAGGACAUCCCUCAUUCUAUCAUCUGGAGGAUAACCAAGUCAGAGGGAGUACUUUGUUUUCUGAACCUGUAUGCCGACUGAGCAGAGUAGCAAUGGCCCUGAAGUUGCUCUACAGGUGUACUAAUACGACCAAGCCGAGGAAGAGGACGGUGGCCCUGAAGUUGCUCGUGUUAGAAUCGAUGGAUCGUUGCCACUCCAACCACGACCAUUGCCGAGGAGAGAUGGAGUGUGAGAGAAAACCAGUCUUUCGCUAUAUUUUUUUCAUUCUUCCGUAGCAAUGCACGGGCAUUCAACUAGUCAUCAUACUGUCUGCUAGUAGUGCAAAGCCACACAUGUAUUUAUGUCAACAAUAUUAAAACAAGGAACAUCAAAAUGUA